AUGUACGAUUUCCACGUAGAGAGCUAUGUCAUGCUCGAGCAAUUCGAGAAAGCUGAUUUCCAUCCAACAAAACUUGCCAGCAUCAUCCACAAAACCAUUGAACAUUUUGCAGCCAGCUAUGUCAGCCACUCAACCGAAACCUUCGAAACAGAUACCCAUAUUUGUGCCGUCACUGAAGUUCGGUUCAGGUUUGCUGGGCCAAUAGAAAAAGCCGAAAGACUCAAGGUAUGGUUGUAUGAAACAAGAGCACAAGUCAAAGAUGUCCAAAAGCCAAAACAGAGACUUGAGUAUGUAUUGAGAGGCCAUCCCGGAGGGCUUUCAAUGUCAAAGGCUUCUUGUGAAUUUAUUUCCAAUGGAAAAACCUUCAAUUAUACCAAAGCUUUAUUCCCCAUGAGCCAUGCUCUCUAUGGCAGCAAGAGAGUAUCACAACAGACAAGAGUCUACGGAUUUUGUCCUGAUAACAGUCAGCACAUCACCAUGAGGGCUUCUUUUAGACAACAGAAGUUCAAGAGCGACCAGAAGAACAGAAUUGUGCUUCCUCGAACCAGAGUGUCUAAGUUUAUCAAGGUGAAGUUGGAGAACCCCAAGGGUAUUAGAAGCCUUAACAUUGCACGCUUCAGGGUUGAACUUCAUCGCUUUACGUGUACUAGGAACCUCAAACAGGAUACAGUGUUCUUUCCUGAAAAGCCUGUUUGCAAACAUAACUUUCUUACACUUUUGGAUAAGAGGUGUUCUAUUGAUGUUAUACCAAAGGCUGAUGACCCUACAGAAGCAGUGAUUCCUGAUCAUUUCUUUAAAUGCUUGCUUCCACUAGUUGAGCCAACUUCCUACUCCAACGAGUGCAUCAGAAGCUAUGGAAUUAAAAUCAUGCUUCAGCUUGAGUGUAUGGAUACGCUUUGGAGCAGAGAAGUGGAGGUUUUCCUUGAAAUCCAAAUUGCUCGUUUGGAGUUCAAGUGUCCCAGUCCACUGACCCGUUUGCUUUACCCAGAAGAAAAACAGAAGACUGAAAAGUUCAGGUCUAUUGAAACGUUUGACAGGUUUAAGUUUUACCCAACUGACGUUACUGAGGAUCUCUAUAAGAAGGUGGAAAGGAAAGGGCUCGUUUACCAGGGCCAUAAAAUGGAAACACUUACGAGCGAUGGCGCUGUUUGUGUGUUUUCCACGGUGCUGGCUGUAACUCCAAGGAGAAGUCCCGAGGAGCUGAUGGUCCAGGCAAUGUCGGUUUUAAAGAAAAACCGUAUGUUUUAUUCCCAGGCGUCUUUGGUCAGAGAAGUCAAUGGGGAAUGUAUGGGAUGCAAGAAGCCGUUGGACAGCACCGCCACUGCUACAUAG